AUGUCAGCAGUUACUGACGAUUCCAACAAGAUCAGGACUUUAUACAAGGAAAUAACAUUAUUAAAAACAAAGAUUCAUGACAAGCAAGCUGCACGUACUUUGAACAGAAAAAAGGGCAGAGUAAGUAAACAUAAACGUACUAAGCGGUCAUUCACUAAUCCAUCACAUGUCAAGAGUAGUGCGCCACGCUCCCAUACUUCUACUGAAGAUGUUGAGAACGGCAUAUCUAUUGUGCAACCGGCUCAGGAGUAUUAUGAGUCGGAGGAUGGGAAAUCUUUGAUUAACGUUCGCAUUUAUAGGGAUGAUUUGAGCACAUUGGAUGAGGUAUCCACCUUUACUCGGGAACAAGAAGAACAGAGGGAGAAAUUCAGGAUUAUAAACAGAAUUAAGAGAAGAUUGUCGAAGUAUAAGGCUCGUAAUACGAAAUGUGACCGGGUUCUAGACACUACAGAAAAUAUUACCUGGAAUGGGUAUACGUAUAAUAAGUCAGAUAAUGGAUUCUAUCAAAAAAGUGGCAAUUCACGAAAACAUGAUAAGGAAAAGAUUCGAGUUUGUCCAUUCUACUUGAACGGGGACUGUGGACACAGUAACUGUCUUUUGAAUCAUACUCCAAAUCAUCACAACACUCCAUUGUGCCACUUUUAUUUGCAAAACAAAUGCACAAAUUCGCAAUGCAGAUAUAGCCACUUGGUUCCCGAGCAUUAUGGGGAUCCCAAUUUCGACAUAAGUGUAUGUAGACCAUUUGCUAUUGGUCAUUGGUGUCCAAGAGGUAGGAACUGUCCUUUCUUGCAUGUUUGGAACUGCCCUGACUAUGAAGAGGAGCUAGACUGUCCUAGAGGUGAUGCAUGCUCGUUGGCUCAUGUGUUCACGUUGAAGAUGCAGAAUGAUAUUAGCACGCGGCCAAAGAAGUAUGUUCGGGAUCAGACUUUGGUUGAGGAAGAGGAGGAAGAGGAUUUAUCGCAUUCAAAAACCAGUAUUAGCAGCUACACUGUUGAUUCUCGUGUGUUGUUUGCCACUGAUUCUAGGGGAAACUAUCAACAUUAUAUCGACCAGGCGCCGUUUAUUAAACAGGAGUACGAACGAGCGCCGUCGACGCAGUUUUUGAUUGAGAUUUCGUCUGAUGAAGAGCACUUUUCUGAAUCAGAAGAUGAAGGAGUAGAGGUGAAAAGAGAAAAGGACUAUGCGGGUAAUUUUUUAGAGUUGAUCAAUUAG